UGAGUAGACUAACCGCUCAUACGUAGUUAUUUCCGAGAAACAUUCCUGUAAUUUUGGCGAUAUUAAUACCCGGUAGCUUUCGCUCGCUCUAAACUGAAAUGCGUAUAGAUAUAUACCCAUGUAUCGGAUAGCGUUGUGAGAGUACCGCACCGCCAUGAUAUUUUGACAUUGUACACCAAUCUUUUUUUGCCAGGAUGCCGCUUGACAUGUCAACAUUUAUAAAUAACCUAUUUAAUGUCUGUCGCGCACUGAGUCUGAUUUAUUUCUCCAUGGAUGUCCCACCGAGGUCUGUGUGAUAAACGGAAGCACACCAGUGACGUCAUAGCGACGGGUGCAGAUUGGUCAAACCUGUCAUGGAUGGUCGACAUUAUUCACGGAAAUGUGUUCUCGACUAAGGCGGUAUGCUCGGAUAUAUCCAUUGCAGUAUGUUGUGGACUGUGACGAUCGCCAUCUCAGUCGUCUCCGCUGCGUAUAUCCGGCCGAUCGUUUUCCCGAACGGGACCAUAGGAAUGGAGGUCAUACAGACAGAAGACCGAAUAGUUACCCCUGGAGAUUCCAGUAAUCCGGAAGAAGAAAUCGAUAUGGGUGCGUUCGAGUUCCAACUGACCAGACAAGAUGUCUUGUGGUUAGGUUCUUUACUGCGUCUGCCAGAUCAAGGAGAUGUACGAAUCAGAAAGGAAUAUCGCGUUCUAACCAACGAGGAAAGGAAUGCAUUUCAUUUGGCACUUAACAUCCUAAAAAAUGACACGUCUGUAAGCCUCAACAAAUAUGAUCUGCUAGCAAACAUCCAUUCUCGAUCGUCUGCAAACAAAGCUGCGCACGCAGGUCCGGGAUUCCUCGGCUGGCACCGAGUCUUUCUGCUAAUGAUGGAGAACGCUUUGCGGCAGGCGUACCCUGACGUCACUAUACCGUACUGGGACGUCACACUUGACGGACGAAUGGACAAACCGUACGAAUCUGUCAUCUGGUCAGACGAUUUUCUGGGGUCGGGUCAUGGUCCAGUGACCAAUGGUCCAUUCCUGCAUUGGGAAACUCCGUUUGGCUUUGGCCAUCUUCGGCGCCUUAUCUCGGCGCAGGGGCGCCUGCUCUCUGACGCUGAUAUAAAGCGGAUAAUGUCUCGGAGGCGAUUGGGUGAUAUCAGCUAUUUUUCCGCUAGUACAGACACAAACUUAGAGGCGCUGCACAACCGAGUACAUGUAUGGGUUGGCGGUCAGAUGAGGAAGAUAGAAAUAGGAGCAUUCGACCCAAUAUUCUAUCUUCUACAUUCAUUCGUUGACAAGAUUUGGGAGGACUUCCGGUCAAAUCAGAGGAGAGAAGGGCUAGAUCCCCAAAAGGAUUACCCCCAGUUUUAUGGGAGAGCUGGUCAUGCACCUCUGGCUCCCAUGGGUUUGGGCAGUCUUGUUGUAUUAGAUGGUCUUAGUGACGUAUGGGGCCAUGGGGUUGAGUAUCGACCCCGACCCGUGUGCAACACAACGACAAGACCAGGGUGUGAUUCUUCCUAUUUAAGAUGUAACUCAGACGAUUUGUGUGUUUCUAUUACUAAAACAGAUGCAAUGUCUUUGUCUAUAACCUCAAAUCAGACACAAAGUACACCAGAGCACAACCACAUCCCGACAAAACGAGACAAUCUUAUCAUUGGUAAUAAUUCAUCGACUUCCGGUGCGCAUGCUCUGAACAACUCGCGCACUACUGAUGAACAAGGACAGGAUGUUGUCGAACAUACAAGUACUGAUCGAUCCUUAGUUGUGAAUCGAGAUAAUAUUUCACGCGACGACAUAAAUAUAACAACAAGUAUUUACCGACCAUAUAUACUCCCAUACAACAUGUACAUAGACAUAUUUAACCCAUUACGUCAUCAAAUGGUCGUGUGAUUGUGCUCAAAUAUCACUCCAGUCAACCCUAUCGUUCCCCGGAAGUCAUUGCUUGUGUACUGUAUUAAAUUUUGUCAAUAUGUAUCUAAUUAAACAUAUUUUUCUAAUAA